AUGGUAAUGAUGACAAGAACAUGGAGAAGAAAACAACUAACAACUCGUCGAUCAUGGGUUCUCAAAAGUGGUACCAACGUUGGAGACGAAUUAGCAAAAUAUGUUAAGACAAUUCCUGAGGCUCAUAAAUGUUUGAAAAACGAGGGACGCCCAAUAGUCCUCCGAGCACACAUAGGCCAAAAGUGCGAUUUUCGGGGUACUUUGAAAAACAGCAUUAAUAACCUUGAAGCCAUUAUUGGCCUUAGAAGUGGUGAUCUCCCUGUUGCACAUCGCAAAAAAAUUCACGAGGAUAGAGUGGAUCUUUCCGUAGCAAUGCGCGAUGUUCUGUAUAAUUUUUUUAAACCAAUCCCAAUGCAUCUGGAAAUGAGCUUCAUAGUACAUAUGUUCUUGGAAUUCAAACGUGGGGGUUGA